CACGCCCCUACAGCAAAGGUUGUCCCCAGGACCCUCUCAGACCAUCUACAAGCGUGUGGAGGGCACCCAGCAGGGGCCCCUGGAGGAGGAAGAGGAAGACAGGGAGGAGGGGACCGAGCCACCGGCCCACUUCUUCCCCAUGGAGCUGAGGGGCCCCGAGCCCCUGGGCUCUCGACCAGCUCGGCAAAACCCCAGACUCUGGGCAGCAGCUGGACGAAGAGCCACCCCCUACCUGGUCCUGACAGCCCUACUGAUCUUCACUGGGGCCUUCCUCCUGGGCUACGUGGUCUUCCGGGGGUCCUGCCAGGCAUGUGGGGAUGACGUGAUGGUGGUCAGCGAGGACAUGAACCAUGAGCUGAGCCCGGACUCCCACCAGGGCACAUUGUACUGGAGCGACCUCCAGGCCAUGUUUCUGCGGCACCUGGGGGAGGGGCGUCUGGAAGAUACCAUCAGGCAAACCAGCCUUCGGGAAAGGGUAGCCGGCUCGGCCGGGAUGGCAGCCCUGGUUCAGGACCUCCGCGCGGUGCUCUUGAGCCAGAAGCUGGACCACGUGUGGAUGGACACGCACUACGUGGGGCUGCAGUUCCCGGACCCGGCUCACCCCAACGCCCUGCACUGGGUGGAUGCCGCCGGGAAGCAUGGGGAGCAGCUGCCACUGGAGGACCCGGACGUUUACUGCCCGUACAGCGCCACGGGCAACGCCACGGGAGAGCUGGUGUACGCCCACUACGGGCGGCCGGAGGACCUGCAGGACCUGCGGGCCCGGGGCGUGGAGCCGAAGGGGCGGCUCCUGCUGGUGCGCUUGGGGGUGAUCAACUUCGCCCAGAAGGUGGCCAGUGCCCAGGACUUUGGGGCCCAAGGAGUGCUCAUAUACCCGGACCCGGCAGACUUCUCCCAGGGCCCACACAAGCUUAGCCUGUCCAGCCACCGGGCUGUGUAUGGACAUGUGCACCUGGGAACAGGAGAUCCCUACACACCUGGCUUCCCUUCCUUCAAUCAAACCCAGUUCCCUCCGGUCCAGUCCUCGGGCCUCCCCAGCAUCCCAGCCCAGCCCAUCAGCGCGGACACUGCCUCCCUCCUACUGAGGAAGCUUGAAGGCCCUGUGGCCCCCCAGGAAUGGCAGGGGCACCUCCCAGUCUCCCCUUAUCGCCUGGGCCCUGGGCCAGGCCUGCACCUAGGGGUCAACAACCACAGGGCCUCCACCCCCAUCAGCAACAUCUUUGGCUGCAUCGAGGGCCGCUCAGAGCCAGAUCACUAUGUUGUCAUUGGGGCCCAGAGGGAUGCAUGGGGCCCAGGAGCAGCCAGGUCCGCCGUGGGGACCGCCAUACUGCUGGAGCUGGUGCGGACCUUUUCCUCCAUGGUGAGCAAUGGCUUCCGGCCCCGCAGAAGUCUUCUCUUCAUCAGCUGGGAUGGUGGUGACUUUGGGAGUGUGGGCUCCAUGGAGUGGCUGGAGGGCUACCUCAGCGUGCUGCACCUCAAAGCCGUAGUCUAUGUGAGCCUGGACAACGCAGUGCUGGGGGAUGACAAGUUCCACGCCAAGACCAGCCCCCUUCUGAUCAGCCUCAUCGAGAACAUCCUAAAGCAGGUGGACUCUCCUAACCGCAGUGGGCAGACCCUCUUCGAGCAGGUGGUGUUCAACAAUCACAGCUGGGAAGCUGAGGUGAUCCGGCCGCUGCCCAUGGACAGCAGUGCCUAUUCCUUCACGGCCUUUGCGGGGGUCCCUGCCGUUGAGUUCUCCUUCAUGGAGGAUGGCCCGAUGUACCCGUUCCUGCACACGAAGGACGACACCUAUGAGAACCUGCACAGGGUACUGCGGGGCCGCCUGCCUGCCGUGGCCCAGGCUGUGGCCCAGCUCGCCGGGCAGCUCCUCAUCCGGCUCAGCCACGAUCACCUCCUGCCCCUCGACUUCGGCCGCUAUGGGGAUGUGGUCCUCAGGCACAUCGGCAGCCUCAAUGAGUUCUCUGGGGACCUCAAGGCCCGCGGGCUGACCCUCCAGUGGGUGUACUCGGCGCGGGGGGACUACAUCCGGGCGGCCGAGAAGCUGCGGAAGGAGAUCUACAGCUCGGAGGAGAGCGACGAGAGACUGACGCGCAUGUACAACGUGCGCAUUAUGCGGGUGGAGUUCUACUUCCUGUCCCAGUACGUGUCGGCGGCCGACUCACCGUUCCGCCACAUCUUCCUGGGUCGCGGAGACCACACACUGGGUGCCCUGGUGGACCACGUGCGGCUGCUGCGCUCGAGUGGCCCUGGGGCCCUUGGGGAGGAGGCCCAGGUGGCGCGGGGCCUGGGCUUCCAGGAGAGCCGCUUCCGGCGCCAGCUGGCCCUGCUCACCUGGACGCUGCAGGGGGCAGCCAACGCGCUGAGCGGGGACGUCUGGAACAUCGAUAACAACUUCUGAGGCCCGUGGUAUGGUGGGGUCACGGCACAUGCCCCUGACCCCUGCCGAGAGCGCCUGCUCUCCCUUCGAGUGAUUUCUGGGUGACCGAGAUGCCUGUGCACCACCUCCCAUUGCUGACUCAUUUUUAGCCCUUACCGUACCUCCAAGGGCCCCAGCAAUGACGCCAGCGCAGACCCCCACACACCCCAGGCCCUGCAACGUAGGAGUAGGUGAGCAGUGCCUUCCAUAAUGGGAUGGUCAUACUGUCAGCUAAUCAGGGAGCAGCAUCUGCUCUCUCAGUCACAGCCCCUUCCUCUUCAGGAGCAGGGUCCCCCCUCUACAGCUAGAGACCACUCUGGAAGGUUUCCGGGGACCUGGCCAGCCUUCUUGGUGGGAAAGAUCUGCUGCGACCAUAACUUUAUGGCCAACCCAUGUCGUGCAGUGG